UCCUUUAUAUUCUUCUUCUGUUCUAUUACCAAACACAUUCUUGCAAUGGCUUUUAUAUCUUUUUCCUCCAAAACACUUGUUCUAGCUUGUUCCUUAUGCUUAUUUAUUUCUUUAGCAUUUGCACGUGAUUUCUCCAUCGUGGGGUAUUCAUCUGAGGACUUAAAGUCCAUGGACAAGCUCAUUGAACUCUUCGAAUCAUGGAUGUCGAGACACGGCAAGAUUUAUGAGACAAUUGAGGAAAAACUACUUAGGUUCGAGGUGUUUAAGGAUAAUCUAAAGCACAUUGAUGAGAGAAACAAGAUUGUUAGCAACUAUUGGCUUGGUUUGAAUGAGUUUGCUGAUUUGAGUCACCAAGAGUUCAAGAACAAGUACCUUGGUCUUAAAGUUGAUUUCUCUAAAAGGACAGAGUCUUCACAAGAAGAGGAUUUCACUUAUAGAGAUGUUGAUUUGCCAAAGUCUGUGGAUUGGAGAAAGAAAGGAGCUGUGACAGCUGUCAAGAAUCAAGGACAAUGUGGCAGCUGUUGGGCAUUUUCCACUGUUGCAGCGGUUGAAGGAAUAAACCAAAUUGUGACAGGGAAUUUGACAUCUUUGUCUGAGCAAGAGUUAAUUGAUUGUGACACAACUUACAACAGUGGUUGCAAUGGGGGUCUCAUGGAUUAUGCAUUCUCUUUCAUAGUACAAAAUGGUGGACUCCAUAAAGAGGAAGAUUAUCCUUACAUUAUGGAAGAAAGCACUUGUGAAAUGAAAAAGGAAGAAACUGAAGUUGUUACUAUUAAUGGAUAUCAUGAUGUGCCACAAAAUAAUGAACAAAGUUUAUUGAAGGCACUUGCAAAUCAACCCCUUAGUGUUGCCAUUGAGGCUUCAGGCAGAGAUUUCCAAUUUUAUAGUGGGGGUGUGUUUGAUGGGCAUUGUGGAAGUGAGUUAGAUCAUGGUGUGGCAGCUGUUGGAUAUGGUACAUCAAAAAAUUUGGAUUAUAUCAUAGUGAAGAAUUCAUGGGGGGCAAAGUGGGGAGAAAAAGGGUUUAUAAGAAUGAAGAGAAACAUUGGAAAGCCAGAAGGGAUUUGUGGACUCUACAAGAUGGCUUCUUAUCCCACUAAAAAGAAAUAAGAUUUUCUUAUAAUCAUUGUUCCAUUGAAUUUCUACCACUGUUUCGUUUUAUGAAUUCUCUAGUGUUUUCCAUUUUCAUGUUUUCAUUUGAAUUAAUGUAAUGUCUUCAAUUCAAUAAUAUUAACAUAUGUUUAAUAUCUCUUUUACUCUCUA